AUGACGAGUUGUAAUACUCUCGCUCAAAAAUUCAGAUGUGAGUUCUUUUGCACUGAAAAAUAAAAUAACCGAAUCGUCUGCUGAUAAGAAAAACGAUUCCGUCAGUUCCAGUCCGUCGUGAUAUAAUACUCCGUCCGUCUGCCUGCUUGUUUGUUUUCUGUUUAUUGUGCUCCGAUAUUUUAUCGAAGCUUUGUUUAAGUUACUCUUUUCUCCCUUUCCAAAACAAAAAUACUGCAAAAGGCGGGCGCGCACGUGUUCGCUGGCUGUCGCAUGUCCCAGAACAUUUUUGAAUUGUCUCUGUUUCUCUUCUUCUCGCGCUUUACACAACUCUUCCUGUUUAAAUUUAAUUACUUUUGCCAAAAUGCUAAUUCGAAUGCAAAUUUCUCUUGGAAUAAUUUUUUGAUGGCAAGUGACAUAACAAUGUGAAAACUGGGAGUUCUUAUCGGAACGAAAUAGUCGCCGUUCUCUCUUUUUCUUUACUCUGCAAAAGCGGGGUCGCGGAAGUUAUGUAAAUAUGUUUCCCUCAGAUAAAAACGGGUGUAUUGUUUAUGUUUUUAUUGGAAUGCCUUCCAAACUUUCUCCAUCUACAGUAUCCCUGUUGACACUUUUUUGCGAGUCACAUGCCGAACACCCCUUCUUCUUAAAGCCGAGUGUUUUACCCCGAAAAGACAAAACACCUGCCCCACAUCUGGCUAGGUUUUCACAAAAGCGUUGAAAACAAGAAUAGUUUGUCGGGCGCUGUUUUGAAAAAAAAAUUAAAGAAAAGUCGAGAAGGAAUUUCGAGCAUUUCAAACAAUCUUGUCUGCCCAGAGCGGGCUGUAAUGCAUUCUCUGACGGUUUUCCUCCCAGGCUGUUUCGUUCUAUUCAGAAAAUAGAUAUUUCCGUUUCCUUUUUUUUCGUGGGCAAUAUACCGUGGGAAAUAUCUCCCUUCUCCUCUUUUCCAUUUCUAUAUCGACCGCUCUUGUCACGAGGGACUGUUCUACAUGUCCCUAUUCUAUUUUCGCUGACUUCACACUGCGAUGUUGGGAAGAAAAUGAAGAAAAUCCAUGGUGCUCCGAAAAAGCCGGCAUCUGGUAGUGAGGAAACAGGUCUUCAAUCGUGACCACAAGAUAAAUAGCAAAAAAAAGAGCAGCUCCAACCCACUUUCCCGUUCAACUUCUCGUCAUAAAAAUGCUCAUUAUCCUUUUAAUGUUACGCGUGUUCUUGUUUUGGCUUUUCCAUCAUCUGCUCCACCGUAUCCUCUGUUUCUGUCAACUCGAUCACUUGCAGAUGCAUGUGAUGGGCGGGGCUUGAACAUCACUUGCCCGCCCAUGCCGCUUUUGAUUGGAUUCGAACAGCCGAAACGAUCGAGUCCUCUUCUCUCUCUCUCUCCCUCUCUUUUCUGCUCAUAAAAAGGGUCGUCCGACGGCCAUUCCGACACGGCUUUUUCUCUGUGCCGUUGAAACUCUGCGUCUCCGCAAUAAACGAAAACAUCGCUGAAAACCAUUCCACCGAAAUAUCUGUCGUUUUGAUAGGAAACUGUUUGAUGGGCUGUCGAUUUGAUUCGAUGUGUCUUCUGAAGUGACGCAUCAGGCCGCUCGCUGGUCGGCUCGCUUCUAUGAUUCAUACCGUCCACGGUCCUUUUCUCUUUUUUGUUGAUAGAAUAAAAGCCAUGUGACAUAGGGAAACGCGUGUAGAAACUCACGGGUCUCUCACUUCUUCUCUCUUCUCCGCUCAAAUUUGUUCACUGAAAUUCUUUCAGCUAUGGUCAUUCCUAGUACGUUGAUGAAGAAACAACAAAAAACAGAAGGCCGUUUUGACUUGGCCAUCAGCUUGGCGGCUGCCGGACAUCUGAAGAUAGGAGGAUACGCCAUCAAAGAAUCCAUCGGAAAAGGAGCAUUCGGAGCUGUGAAAAGUCAGUUCGCCUCAUCGAUUUCCCUUGCAGAAACCAGUUUUCAGGAGGAACUCACAUUAAAACUGGCUUCGACGUUGCCAUCAAGAUUCUGAAUCGUUCGAAGAUGAAGGGAAUGGGAACUGUUCUGAAGACUCGCAACGAAAUCGAGAAUCUGCAAACACUGACGCAUCCGCACAUCACCCGUCUGUUCCGUGUUAUCAGCACUCCGUCCGACAUCUUCCUCAUCAUGGAGCUUGUUUCUGGCGGCGAGCUGUUCAGCCUCAUCACCAAAAAGGGAUCUUUGCCGGUGAAAGAGAGCCGUCGUUACUUCCAGCAGAUCAUUUCGGGAAUCAACUACUGUCACAAACACAUGAUCGUUCACAGAGAUCUGGUCAGUUGUUGGCACUAGGGUUGGCAGCGGGGAGUCCCGUGCCUCCGACCGGUUUUUCCAAAAUCGAGCAGGAAUUUUUUUUUUGAAAAAUUUUAUCAACGCACGUCGAUAAUGAAUAAUCUCAUUAAUCUUUUUAAUUUUUUUCAGAAUUUUAAUUACACUUUAAGGUCCCGGGGGCGAACGGGGGCGUGUGGGGCGCGGGACGCCCCCUUCACCCCUGUAGUAACGCGGGGCGAGGGGUCGCCCCGUUGCCAACCCUAGUUGGCACCUCGUCUCCACUCAUUUCUGUUUCAGAAGCCCGAGAAUCUUCUACUCGAUCACAACAAAAACAUCAAAAUCGCCGACUUUGGUCUCUCCAACUACAUGAGCGACGGCAAUUUGCUUUCAACUUGCUGUGGUUCUCCGAACUACGCGGCUCCAGAACUCAUCACCAAUUCCCUGUACAUCGGCCCCGAGGUGGAUGUCUGGUCGUGCGGAAUCAUACUCUACGCGAUGCUCUCCGGAACUCUUCCGUUCGAUGAUCAACACGUACCAACUCUUUUCAAGAAAAUCAAAUGUGAGGAUGCGUUCACUCUGAUUUUCAAGCAAAUUUUGUUCCAGCCGGCUUAUACGUUGUUCCAUACUCAAUGGAAAAGGAGGCGGCGAAUCUGAUUCAAAUGAUGUUGACAGUGGAUCCUUUGAAAAGAGCCGAUAUCAAAAAAAUUGUGUACGUUCUGUCCAAAGCUUCUGUACAAUCACCAGUUUUUUGAUAGGAACCACGCCUGGUUCCAAGUGGAUCUUCAGUUCUACUUGUUCCCGGAAUGCGAGAACGAGUCGUCAAUUGUGGAUAUUGAUGCGGUACAGAGCGUUGCCGAGGUGAGAAGGAGUCGGACGUUUCGGAUGGACCAGAUAUCGUUUUUAGAAGUACUCUGUCAAGGAGGAGGACGUGACGUGUGCGCUGCUUGCAGAAGAUCACCUGCAUAAUCUAUCGAUAGCGUAUCGCCUCGAGGUGAAUCACAAGCGAAAUUCCGACGAGCAAUCGCAGAAGGCGAAAGAUGAUUUCUGGGAAAUCGGGCGACACGCUAACAUCGAGCCCACUAGUUCGUCGUCGAAAGUGUGACGGAUUAUAUGCAUUGAUGAGAUUACAGAGAACGUCAGUCGCAAGAUUCUGGAAAAUCUGAAGAAAGAACAGAAAAAGUUGACGUGGAAUUUGGGAAUCCGCGCGACUUCGGAUCCAGUGGACACAAUGAGUCACAUCUUCAAAAGACUCAAAAUGGCGGACAUGGAGUGGAAAAUUUUGAGCAUGUAUCACAUCAUCACUCGUGUCAAACCAACACCAACGAACCCGGAUCCAGCCAGAGUUUCUCUUCAGCUGUUUGCCCUCGAUAAUGACAAAAGCGGAUAUCUGUUGGACUUCAAAGGAAUCAUUGACGACGAAGAAGGUGGGAAAUUGGAGAAAUCGGCACCAGAGUCAACCGAUCGUUUUCAGCGAACCCGCCGGCUCGCAGUCGUUCCCGUGCGGCCUCGGUUUCCAUUUACAGCAAACCAAAGAACGACUUGAAUGGGAACACUGCGAAACCGCCCGUUUCCUCUCCCAUGACGCCAUGUGAACAGCUUUCUUUUGUGGAAUGACUAAUAUAUCCUUUUUCAGCCAUCAUGAUCCCGAAAGUUCGUGUCGAAGACACUGACGCUUCGAUGAAUUCGCUGAACAGCAGUGUCUAUCAGGCUGAUAACGAAGUGAACACAGCUCCAUCGAAUUUUAGAUAUCCUGUUAAUCUUCAGAAUUCCAUGGACAGCUUGGAUAAAAUCUCAACGCUCUCGCUGGAAACGGACACAGUCGUCCGCUCUCAAACAAUGGAGUUCUUCGCCACUUGCACCGUCAUCAUGAACGCUGUUCUCGCCGAGGAUUGA